UUGGUGUUAAGCUGGCUGGUCUGGCACGGGCUGGUUGGUCGGUUUGUUGAGGGGUUAGCCAUGGCUCGACUCGCAGUGCUACUGCUGUUACCGGUUCUUAUUGAAUCCGUAUUCUCCAUUUCUUUCUUUUUACCGGUCAACACAAGAAAGUGCUUACGAGAGGAGAUCCACAAAGACGUCCUGGUCACGGGGGAGUAUGAAAUAAGUGAACAGGCGAACACGAAAACUAAUCUGAAGAUCACAGAUUCCUCCAGCCACACUCUUUACUCCAAGGAAGAUGCCACAAAAGGAAAGUUUGCAUUCACCACAGAGGACUAUGACAUGUUUGAAGUGUGCUUCGAGAGCAAGUCACCCAUGGGGACUGGAAGAGUGCCUGACCAGCUGGUCAAUCUGGACAUGAAGCAUGGUGUGGAGGCCAAAAACUAUGAAGAGAUUGCCAAGGUGGAGAAGCUGAAGCCUCUGGAGGUGGAGCUGAGGCGACUGGAGGACCUGUCAGAGUCCAUUGUGAAUGACUUUGCUUACAUGAAGAAGAGAGAGGAGGAGAUGCGGGACACCAACGAGUCAACCAACACGCGCGUGCUGUACUUCAGCAUAUUCUCCAUGUGCUGUCUCAUCGGGCUGGCUACAUGGCAGGUCUUCUACUUGCGGCGCUUCUUCAAGGCAAAGAAGCUGAUCGAGUAGAGCGACUCCUGGCUCCUUCACUUCGAGGGAAGCUGCCUGCCAGCCUGCCAGCCAGCCAACACAUCCCAACAUCCACCCUUCUUGGACUAGCUUCAUCAAACAACAGACAGCAAGUGGGGUUGAGGGGCUCUCAAAUUCUAGAUUUCACGGCUGAAAGAGUACCCGGCUUGUCCUCUGAAAAAAAGAUCCACCUGCUUAUUAAGUGGCUUGAAACAUGCAAAGCGCUGUAGGGAGAAAUGCACUGUGAGGCAUGGAGAACGCACGUGUCCUUCUCUAUGGUACCUCUCAUUUCUGUCUGCACUGUUUUAAAUGUUGCAGCUUUCUCAAUAAGAACUUGUUCCUUCAAUCAGUUGAACAGUGAUGUUUGAUUUUGAGCUCACUUUGAAUGGAUGUGCCAUGAGCGAAUGUCAUUUGCCCCUCUGUUGAUGUACACAUUAUUUGCCACGCCAAGCAAUCUAGAUCCUUGGUGCCCUUUUUAUCAAGUGAAGGCUAUUUGAAAAAGUGGUUUGAUGUUACUUUGAUGAAAAGAUUGGCGACCACUGAACUCCUGUGUUUUGUCACUUAAUUUGCAUACAUGUUUGGUAGCUAAAUUUAACAGUGUCUUUAGGUUGUUUUUUUUUUUUCAUUUUGUAAAUGCUUCUUAGUUGCUUUGAUUGGUUUAUAUUUUUGGGUGGGGGGUUAUGAGCUUUCUGAGUAAUAUUCUCUUAGUUAUUAAAAAAAGGUCACUUUUAUGAGCUCUCUCACGUUCUAGUUUUGUUUAUGAAACACCUGAAAAAAUGAAUUUAUCACCAAUUAAAAUAGCCAGAAACCAAAACCUUUGUCUUUAUACUUGUACACAUUUCUUUUGUCAGAAUGCUUUGGGUGGAGGUUUUACAGCAGAUGUAAAGAAGGAUACCCAAACAAUUUAGAAUUUUCCUUUGUCAUUCACGCUUUAUCUUUACACACUGGUAAAUUUAGUAAUCUGUUUUAAAUUAUCAAACUAUCACAUCGUAAGUACAGUGACUUGCAGAUCCAUCCAGCUUGCUUUGUUUGUUCAGACAUUUAUUUGAGGCUUGGGUUACAAGAGAGUGUGGGAUUGUUUUUUGACAGGGAUUAAUUAAGGCAUCUGUCAUGGAUACAUUUUUAACAAUGGACAUGCGCAUUGUGCGUAAUCAAUAAUUUUUAUGUUGACUGAUAAAUUUUGUAAAUUUGUGUUGGGCUUUUAUUCAAUAAAAUAUUGGAUGGAUUUACAUUA